UACAUCAUUUGCAACUUGGUCCGAGAAAGAAUUUCCAAGUUCGAGCCAAGCAAUGCGAAAGUGAAGUAUAAAAGACGCCGAAUGGAAUCGCCAAUGUCUUAGUGCCAUUUGAACUCCUCAUGAAGUGCUCACUUUUGGCCUUGCUGGUCUUUUCCGUGGUUUCCAAUCACGCUGAAUUGGAACAGGGAGUCCGCGGAGCACCUUGGUUCGAGAUGGACGUCCUCAAAGAAAACGAGGCCCACAAAGAUCCAAACGUGAGGAGAGCCUAUCCAGAUGUGAAUCAUCAACUGGUGAGCAUUCUUGAGCAAUAUUUCACAGAGCAGCUCAUUCGUCAUAAAGCCAACGCCAAAAGCUCCAUCUCGACACGAGCUCAAGGAGAGGGAACACCAGGAAGGGAUGAACCAGGAGCUCAGCACAGGAGUCGACAAUUUCAGCAACAUCAACGUCAGCAUGAGAAUUUCGUGGCGCUCCGAGGUUAGGAUUUAGAAGACGAUACUCAAAAAAACAAGUGCUCUAUAUGUAACAAUGACACAAAAUAUAAUCAUUACAAGCAAUCCAUUGCUUUACGAUUAAUCAGUUCAGCAUCCC